AAGAUGGUAGAUAGAAUCAAACAUGGAGGACCGACACUCAGAGUCAUAAGAGCGCCGCAAAACUUUUUGGGAAAAGGUGGAUGCAGGACAGCCCGUGUCGAUUUGAUCCCCUCUCGUUUCCUCGUUGUUCCGUUGUUGUUGUUCCGAGUCGAUGGGAGCUAAACUUUUUGUAAUGCAGUAGAAAGUUGUGAUAUAUUUGUUGUUGGAGUUAAAGGCAGGGGGUGAGACCCCCCUACUGUCCCUCAGUGCUAUGCCGUGGGUGAGCAGCUGUAAGCGGAGAGAGAGCUCGGAGCUGCCGCUGCCCCCGGGCUGGGAGGAAGCCAGGGAUUAUGAUGGCAGGGUCUUUUACAUUGACCACAACACUCGACAAACUUCGUGGAUCGACCCCAGAGACAGGAUUACCAAGCCCCUGACCUUUGCCGACUGUGUGGGGGAUGAGCUUCCUCUGGGCUGGGAGGUGGUGUAUGAUCAGCAGGUGGGCGUCUACUACAUCGACCACAUCAAUAAGACGACCCAGAUAGAGAACCCUCGUACACAGUGGCGCCAAGAGCAGGAGCGCAUGUUAAAGGAGUAUCUGGUGGUGGCACAGGAGGCUCUCAAUGCCAAGAAAGAGAUGUAUCAGAUCAAACAGCAAAGACUGGAGCUGGUACAACAAGAGAUGCAGAUCUUCAACCAGCUCACUCAGGAUGACAACCGCUCCAUCACCAGCUCUCAUUCUGGUUCCUCUUCAAAUGCAAAAUAUGACCCUGACCAAAUCAAAGCGGAAAUCGCCUGUAGGCGUGAGCGGCUCUCCAGACUCAAACAGGAGCUGGCUCAGAUGAGGCAGGAGCUCCAGUACAAGGAAAUGGGAGUGGAGACGCUACAGGAAAUUGACCGGAAGAUGUCCAGCAGUCAAACGAACUAUAAGUUAGAUGAAGCACAGGCCAUCUUCAGUGAGCUGCGCAGCAUUAAAAAGGCCAUCAGCACCGGCGAGAAGGAGAGGCAGGACCUCAUCCAGAGCCUGGCCAAGCUGACAUUGAACUUCUGCGACUCCAUUAAUGAGGUGGCCAACAAUGCAGAAACGCUGGGUGACUCCUGUAGUGUUCAACAGUACACUGAUACUGGCUGUCAAACGGAUCUGAUGGGAGAGUUUGGCACCCCAGAGUCCUCAUUACUAGCAGACAGAGUCAAACUCAGUUGGCAGUAUGAGGAGGCAAAGAAGAAGAUGUCCAGUAUUCAGCAUCAGUUGGCUCAGUUGGACAGUGAGAGCUGGUCUGGACGUGCAGAAGCUGACAGGGAUUGGGACUGUCUGCUGCUGCUGCGAGAGAAAGAAGCUCUACUGCAGGAGAUCACUUUGCUCAGCCAGCAGCAACACUCACCAGAGACUCUGUUUCAGCUGCAGGAGGAGAAACAAAAGCUCGAGGAGGAGGUGCACAAAGCCCAGAUUGUCCAGAGUCAGGGAGCCAAUCAGAGGAUAUUACUGCAGGAGAAGAGGAAUGUACUUAUGAGACAUCUCGAGGAGGCCACUCGUGUCACCACGUAUCUACAUUCACAGCUAAAGAGUCUCUCAGCCAGUAACCUGACGGUGUCAUCCAGCAGCAGCCGUGGCUCUUUGGCCUCCAGUCGUGGGUCUUUAGCCUCCAGCCGUGGAUCUCUCAGCUCCGUCAGCUUCACAGACAUCUACGGCCUGCCCCAGUAUGAGCGUCCAGAGGGCAGCUCUGAUGUUCCAGACCCGUCUUUCCGCUACCUUCUCCCCUUAGAGACCCACAGCAGGGACGGUUCGGCCUUCGGCCCCAAACGCUCCCACGACACACCGCAGUCUCUCACCUCCCUCUCCUCUCGCUCCUCCCUCUCCUCCCUCUCCCCUCCCAGCUCCCCCAUGGACACCCCGUACCACUCGGCCCCGCAGGACUGUCCUCUAGCCCAGAUGACUGAGGAGUACAUGGAAGUGGCCAGCAGGGGGCUUCUGGAAGGCCUGCGGGGUCAGACCCAAACCCAUCUGCAGACUUCUCUUCCUGGGGAAGUAGAAGUGGGAGGCCCAGGCGCUACACACCACCUGGAGGAGAAAAGCCAUCGUGAUGGAGGUCUCCAGGGAACACAUAGCUCCACGGGAGUGACUCUGCGCUGUAAAAGUGCGAACAGGACCAGCAGAAGAGCAAGACGUGUGUCUGCAGGAGUGAACGAAGACGUUUUGGCGACAGAUAGUGGGGUUUUUGAAGCCUGGAGCAGAAGCAGGACAGAAGAAGUUGAUGAAGUUACUUUUGCUCAAGAUGUCACACCCUCAGAGCCGGUUCAGAUUCAGCUUGGCCUUCUAUACGAUUCCAGUGGCAUGUUUUUGCUGCUGCAUGUCCUUCAGAUGAGAAAUUUAAGUAAGGCCAUUGCCAAAGGUGGAUGCAAAGUAUUUGUAAAGAUUCAUGUUCUUCCGGUGGACUCCAGUCGGCCAUGCACAUACUACUGCUGUAAGGCCCAGGAGCCUCAAUCUCUUCUCAGCUUUAAUGAAGGUUUUCGGAUCCCCCUGAGUGCUGGAGGCCCCGUGGCCCAUGCCUUACAGCUAAAGCUCUGUGCUGUCGGGCCACUUACUCAGGAGGAGCUGCUGGGUUCUGCUCAGGUCUCGCUGACGGACUGCACAGGCAGCACUGAAAUGAUCUUCCAAUGGCACAAACUGCAGAUCCAUAGUAUAGAAAACUACAGGCCUGAGAACAGAGGCCUCAGUCAGCCCAGUCGUAGAAUGGAGCAGGAAGGACAAGGACCAGCUGAGCUGUCAGUGGUGACUCAUUUGGAGGACAUGAAGAAAGAGUUACAAAGAAGUAAAGAUGGGCUGGAGGAGUUGGAGAGGAAGGAGGAGCAGGCCGUUUCUGAGAGGAGUUGGCAGGCUGAGUCGGUGGACAGUGGCUGCAGUAACAGUACAGCAUUUGUCAUUCCCUGUCCUGAGAGUCUGUGUGCUGAAGGUAUCUGCACGACCUCUGGGAGGCGCUGUUUACAGCCCACGGAGAGAAAUACAGUUGUGAAGGUGGACAAGGCAACCAACACAGAAGGUGUCUUUCCAGAGCCAAUGAGAAUGCGGCCGAAGGAGAGGGCAGGGCGCUGGGGUCACAGCUCACCAUUCAUGCGCAGCAGUACAAUAGUGAGAUCGCAGACAUUCUCACCUGGAGCACGUAGUCAGUAUGUCUGUAGGUUGUACCGUAGUGACAGCGACAGCUCCACUCUACCAAAGAAAUCCCCCUUCAUCAGAAACACUCUUGAACGAAGAACUCUGCGAUAUAAACAGCAGUCUCACCGCUCCUCUCUGGCUGAGCAGCCCACACGUACUUCUCUGGACCUGGAGCUGGACCUCCAGGCCUGCCGUACUCGACAGAGGCAGCUGAGUGAGGAGCUGGCGGCGCUGCGGGAGCUCAAACUGCGACUGGAGGAGCCCAUGCAGGGUCCCCGCGGUCCCGCAGAUCUCCCUCAUUGGGCUCUGCGGGACGAGCGGUUCCGAAACCUGCUCCGUGAAGCUCAGAGACAGUCUAAGCAGAGCAGACAGGAGCAGAGGCAGGAGGAAGCCGCUGAGAGGAGGUUGCGCAAAGCCUCUAAAGAGGUUUUACAAAUGAGGGGCCAGAGCCACAAAGAGCCCCUUCCUGUGCAGACUUUCAAAGAGAAGAUGGCUUUCUUUACUCGACCAAGAUUCAACAUCCCUCCCCUGCCAGCUGACGACGUGUGAGCGCCCCCUAGGCCACACUAUCAAAUAUGAAGAAUCUGUCUUUGUUUUUUGUAUUCAUGCCCAUGAAGUAAUUAGAACAGAAAUGUAGUUAUUUCAGCACAAAGAUGAAAGUUAUUCGAUAUGCAGCAUUGGAACAACAGAAAGCUGUACAGAACAAUCGUGUGUGAGAGCGUGUGUGUUAUAGUAAGAAUGAACACGUACACCUAUAUUUUAUGUAAUUAUUGACAUCUUGGCCUCCUGCUUGUUUAAUGGGGGGAAAUAACAGUUUUAUAAAAGAACAAAGCAUCUUUUUUACUCCUGUUUGAUGUACUUCUGAUAUUUCGAUGUCUACGCUUAAGGCUGGAAGACGGGAACAAAGUCAGUUUAGACAAAUUCACUGUACUGUAACUUAUUUUAUAGUACUUUUCCUUGAAGGAAAUAAAACUGCUCCCUGCUUUUUAAUGUAUUUUAUAAAGCUUAAAACAAAUAGCACUUACUGUAAGUGUUUUUGGACGUACAGUAGAAUGGAAUUUUUGGCUGAUUUUGUUUCUGUUACCUGACUCUUUAAAGUUAUUUACUUAAUGUCACUUUUUUGAUCCACUUUUAUUGCAGUUGUCGUUGUCCCUUGUGCUGUUAUUCUAUUAAAAUUAUUAAUAUUAAUUAUUACUUUUCAAUAUAUAGAUAUGAAACACUGUUUCAGUUUUUUAUGUUAUAUGUAAAAACAUCUUGAAGCAUUAAACGGUAAAAGUGCAGCUGUUGGUGAAUAAUGAUGAGCUUAAGAUUGGGCCAAUGCUUUGUUUUGUUACAGAUGUCCUUCAAUAUAUUUAUAUCUAAUAUUUAAAUUAUAACAUUUGCAUUUAUAACAUAAGUGGAUUAUAAAUGUAUAAAUUGUCCAGUAGGUGGCAUUUCCAACCGGUUCCUGUGUUCAGAUUUGACAUUGCAAAAUUCUUACAUUUAUUAUUGUGACGGUUAUUGUUAAAUAUGAUCAUAUGUAUGCAUUGCCUUUUUAUGCCCUAAUAUGUACAAAUCAAAGAAAAAGCAAGUGAUGCCAUAAAUUAUUUCAGUCCAC